AUGCCACCAAAGAAGAGGCGAUCUUACACUCACUCCAAGAGAGGAGGCAAGCCCCGAAGCAGGUCGACCUCUCCCGUUCCACCACUAGUAUCUCCUCUGCCACCAACGACUGCGGCAUCACUUCCAUCCAUCAGGAGCCGCUCCAGAACUCCUCCACCUGGUAGCCUCCUCAACCGCGGCCCUCCAGUGCCUCCUUCAACCAUUCGCCAACCACGCUCUGCCUCCCAGACUCCUGCAGACAUUACACCUCGCAGAGAAGCAACCAAGCGCAAGGGGAUCUCGCCUAUGAUUGAGCAAUCUUCUCCCGUCAUUGAAGAGCACCUUCGUCAACUCCAGCAACAGCGUCCACAACAAGAACUUUGGGAGCGGAUUGGAGCGACUGAAACCGAAGAAGUGCAAGUCGAUGGUGGAUCUGCCGCUGAUGAAGCUUCCGCCGACAUUGGUUCGGAAGAUGAGCUUGAGUCGCUUGGAUCUUGGGAUGAUUGCUCUAUCCCCGAUGAUGAGUCGCAAGAUGAAGGCGACGACUUGAUUGAUGAAGCUUUGGAUGAGCUGGCGCAAGAAGAUCUUAUCGACUGGGAGGUUGCACGCCGCAUUGCCAUUGCCUUCAUUUUUGUUCAUGUCUUCUGUUGUCCUGACGAGUCGGAAUGGGAUGGUCGGAAUGGAGUGCAUGCCCAAAUCAGGAAGAUGCUUAGCAUUCCAAAGGGGGCUUCCAUUCGUUAUGUCUUUGAAGACAUUACCAAGUGUCAGACUGCAGGGACGAAGUAUCGUGGUCGUCGUCAAGCCCUUGGAGAGACCCGUCCUGUCAACAUUCCAAACGACUCGGUGGAAGCCCAGAUUGUCGCUGAUGUUUUGGAGGAUGGAUUCAGUUUGAUGCAAGCUACGAGGCAAGUCAACCAUCAUCUAAAGGAGACGGAGCAGCCCUUGGUCUCCUUUUCCUCAGUUUGGCAUCUCUCCAAGCGACUCAAGCCUUUGGUCAAACCCAUCAAGCGUCUCAAGCAAGGGAGUACUGACAAAGAGUCUGCUUGGGCCCAAGCUCGCUACAAUUGGUCGAUCCAACUCAUUCUUCGACUUGGAUUGAGUGCUAAGCUGACUGACAAGGCAUGGGCUCACAUGCGAGCGCAAGGUAUUGAUGGGCAACUGCCUAAGUGCGGCAAGACAUUGUUGACGAUCAAGGACUACGGGAACAAGAAGAAACUGGAGAUUGCCCGUAUCAAGACCUUGUCGGAAAAGAGUGGCUGGGUCAAGAAGGGACGGGUAAAAGGCACGCCAUACAAGGAGGAUCCUUUGACUGCAGGAAAGGUGGCUAACUUGGGCGACGGAACCAUCAAGAAGCUGAAGAACGUGUCCCCACCCAUCAACACCUUUGGUAAGCUGGCCAAGCUCACAAAGAGGCGCAUCAAGGAGCUGGUCCAACAGAAGGUGGCUAGUAAGAAAAACCUGGAAGAGUGGAAGAAGAUUUGCCAGGCAGCGGAUGAUGCGCCACCAACCAAGAAGGAUUACCGCAAGGAAUCCAAUCCUUACGAGGCUCGAUUUGGUCCAAAGUGGGAAGAAAAGCUUGAAGGUUCCUCAGCGAUGUCAAAUACUCCUCAGCGUGGUUGCAAGGCCUUGACGAAGAUCUACAAUAUUGGCAACCCAACCAGUCGUCGGAUUUGCCAGGAUGUAAACAAGUUUCCCAUUCAUUUGGUCCGCAUCAUGGAGGAGGAAGGUUGUGUCGUCCGUGACAUUGGUAACAGCAAGCUCCGAACUGGUGGAAGAGGCCUCGCUGCAGCGGCUGGUUUGAAAAAGGAUGGUGCCAAGGUUGACAGGCGCGGUGGGGCACGAGUGAAGAAUUUGCAGUCGGAUAUGUAUGAAUACAAGGGUAUCGUUCGCGACGGGAAAGAUCACGACGGGAAGAUCUUGAUGGGCUUCAAGGAUUUUAUGGGGAACUAA